GCAGAAGAAAGUUUUGUUGUUUCAGCAGCAGAUGCAGAGGCGCCCGGAGAGAGCGCAGCAGAGGAUGCAGAGACUCUACCCCGGCCCGUGUGCACUGCUAUGAUGUCCGGCUGCUGCUGCUGCUGCUAACCCCCCGGAUUACACCACCAGCAGCAGAGCACAGGCUGCAGGAACUGGCAUGGUGAGGAAGAAGAAAUCCCCCCUAGGCUGCACCUUUCCGGGCUCCGAUGAGUAGCUGGUUUACAGGCAGGCUGUACAGGGAGCAGCUGAAGGAGCAGAGACGGGAAUAUAAACUGCAAGUUAUCGUUGUGCCUGGACCAGGCUCCACUCAGUAAUGCGAUCACCAGCUGAAGGUCUCCUCUGACUACACUCUGCGACAAAGGUGCGUGCAGACUGCGCUAGCGCAGUAACUUCUCUGCAAGUCUAUAACCUGAGAUGAUUGAGCUGUGAGUGCACUGCGGGAUGCGACGCUGUUCAGCUCCUGGAUGUACAAUUCAAUUCCUUAUCACAUGCUUCUUCUACGCUAAGCGCUCACAAGGAGAUCCUGCUCGGUUGUUGGUGAUAUAUAUUUUUUCUCUAAUCAUCCGGAAUUAGGGUGGAUGGUUUUACAUUUGUGAUAUUCUGCACGGAACACAAAAUGAGCCUGCUGUGUGUGAGGAUACAUUACCUGCAUAGACUUUCACUGAUGCAUUUGUUGGUGUCCUUGUUGGUGUCAGUGCCUAGAGCACUAAGCAGCUCCCAGCCCCGUCAGAUGUUUCAAGUGCUGGAGGAGCAACCACCAGGGACCUAUGUAGGUACCAUCAGCACCAAACCAGGGUUUACCUAUCGACUUAGUGAAUCCCAUGCUCUAUUUAGCAUUAACUCCACUUCUGGCUUCAUACACACCACCUCAAUCAUAGACAGAGAGAGUCUUGCCAGUGAUGUUAUCAACUUGGUGGUUCUGUCCAGUCAACCAACUUACCCAACUGAAGUUCGUAUUACUGUCUUGGACAUCAAUGACAACUCACCUGUGUUUCCUGACCCCUCCAUUGUGGUGUCUUUUAAAGAGGACACACAAGGAGGAAGACAAGUCAUACUAGACACCGCUACAGAUUCAGAUGCUGGCACUAAUGGGGUAGAUCACCGUUCCUACCGCAUUGUUUCAGGAAACCAGGAUGGUCGCUUUAAAUUGGGCAUUACGGUCAACCCAAGUGGGGAUGGUGCUUUCCUGCAUUUGAUGUCACAAGGUCCUUUAGAUAGGGAAACUGUUCCAUGUUAUUAUCUGCUGGUGGAAGUGGAAGACAAAGGAAUGCCCAAAAAAGUAGGGCACUUGCAAGUGAACGUAACCGUGCAGGAUAUUAAUGACAACCCACCUGUAUUUAGCAGCUCUCAGUACCAGGCCAGAGUUGAAGAGGAUGCUCCUAUAGGUUCAAGUGUUCUUAAAGUAGAGGCAACUGAUAGAGAUGAUGGGGAUAAUUCUGCAAUCAUGUACCAACUGGCAGAAGGCACCCCUUUUCAAAUUGAUCCAGAAAGUGGCCUUGUCACCAUCAGGGAGCAAUUGGAUUACGAAAGUCGCCGUCAGUAUACACUCAGUAUUGAGGCCAAAGACCUGGGCACGCCACCACUUACUGGCCGUGCAGAAGCAGUUGUCCGUCUGAUUGAUGUUAAUGACAAUGACCCUGUUGUAAAAUUCCGUUAUUUUCCUGCCACCUCCCGUUAUGCAUCAGUGGAUGAGAAUGCACAGGUUGGAACCGUGGUGGCAUUACUUACUGUCACUGACUCAGACUCUCCUGCUGCAAAUGGAAAUGUCACAGUGGCUAUUUUGGGGGGCAAUGAGCAGCGCCAUUUUGAGGUACAAACAUCCAAAGUACCCAACCUGAGCCUAAUCAAAGUAGCAAGCGCACUGGACCGAGAACGUAUACCUUCCUACAAUUUGACUGUUAGUGUGUCAGAUCAGGGUCUCCCUAGGCCAAGAUCAUCAGUGGCUAGCCUGGUGAUUUAUGUCAAUGAUAUCAAUGAUCACCCUCCAGUCUUCCAGGAACCACAGAGUAAAGUGGAGAUCAGUGAGGACUUGCCACCUGGCUCAUACAUAUGCGGUGUUUCAGCUACAGAUGGUGACACAGGACUGAAUGCCAAUCUACGAUACGCUAUUGUAUCUGGAAAUAAGUUGGGAUGGUUCUCCAUUAGUGAACACAGUGGAUUGGUGACAAGUACCUCCACAUUAGACCGUGAAACUGCCUCCCAAUUGCUACUCAAUAUCAGUGCAAGGGAUCAGGGCCCUCAGCCCAAAACUAGCUAUGCUUCUCUUCUUGUUAGUCUUUUGGAUGUAAAUGAUCAAAGGCCUACUUUCACUCGCUCCCCAGCUGGUGACCAACAUUGGGUGUCCUUACCAGAGAAUUCCCUUAUUGGCACUGAACUUAUCACAUUGAAGGCUACAGAUGGUGACCUUGGGAACAAUGGCACCAUCCGUUUCUACUUUGAUUCUGAUAACCAAAGCCCGUGUCAUAGUUCUUUCCGCCUAGACCCAUUGUCUGGCCAACUUAGUACUAGAACUGAGAUGGACAGAGAGCAGCAAGAAAAGUGCAAUUUAGUGGUCCUGGCUACUGACCUCGGAACCCCACCACUCUCUUCCUCUGCUAAAAUCACUGUAACUCUAUUGGAUGUAAAUGACAACAGUCCUGUGUUUUAUCCUGUGCAAUACUUUGCCAACAUUCAGGAAAAUGAACCACCUGCGAGUUUUGUUGUGUCUGUGACUGCUGCAGACCCUGACUUGGGGGUAAAUGGUACAGUUAAAUAUUCUAUUAGGGUCGGGGACACUUCCAAAUUUCAGAUUAAUCCCGACACAGGAGCCAUUUCUACAAAAGCUGCCUUAGACAGGGAAGAAAAAACAGCUUACCAAUUGAAAGUCAUGGCCACUGAUGGCGGAGGCUUGCAAUCUCACAACCAUGCUAUUGUGACCAUCACUGUGUUGGAUACUCAAGAUAAUCCACCAUCAUUUACCCAGGACACAUACAGUUUUGUUAUGUUUGAGAAUGUGCCAUUAGGAUACAAUGUUGGAGCAGUGACGGCAACCACUAUGGAUUUGAAUACUAAUAUCACUUACCUUAUCACCACAGGGGACCAAAAAGGGGUAUUUGCUAUCGAUAAAGCCACAGGUCUAAUCAUGACAGCAGGUGUGAUAGAUAGAGAAGAACAAGGAUUUUACCACUUGAAAGUUGUAGCUAGUGGUGGGGCAGUGACGGGGGAAGCAAUUAUUAAUAUUACAGUAAAAGACUUAAAUGACAAUUCUCCCCGCUUUCUACAAGCAGUAGAAAGCGUAAAUGUGGUGGAAAAUUGGAAAGAAGGUCAUAUUAUAUUUCACGCUAAGGCUGCUGACCUCGAUGAAGGUGUAAAUGGGAGGAUUGCUUAUAUCUUAAAACAGAACCCUUUAGGCUUGUUUCAUGUGGAUGAAGUAAGUGGUGAUGUGAGUAUAACAGGAGCACUAGAUGUCAAUGCUGGCUCGUACCAAGUAGAAAUUCUAGCAUCAGACAUGGGUGUUCCCCAGCUCUUUUCCAGCUUUAUAUUAACUGUUUCUGUGCAUGAUGUGAAUGAUAACCCUCCAGUGUUUGAUCAGCUGUCAUAUGAAGUGACUCUCUUAGAGUCAGAACCAGUUAACUCCAGGUUUUUUAAAGUACAUGCUUCUGACAAAGAUUCUGGGGCUAAUGGGGAAAUCACAUAUCAUAUUACAGAUGGAAAUGUUGGGGAGGCAUUUGGUAUAUUCCCUGAUGGACAGCUAUAUGUAAAAAGUGAACUGGACAGAGAGGUUAAGGAUAUAUAUGUUUUACUUGUUACUGCUUCAGACAGAGCUGUGGAACAGCUAAGUGCCACAGUAAAUGUUACGAUAAUACUGGAGGAUGUCAAUGACAAUAGGCCAUUGUUUAACAGCACUAAUUAUGUCUUCUAUUUUGAAGAGGAACAAAAAGGAGGGUCAUUUGUUGGUAAAGUUUUUGCUGUAGAUAAGGACUUUGGAUCGAAUGGUGAUGUUAUGUAUGCGUUUGAAACUAUGCAACCUGAUUUUGAAUUAAACACUGUUACAGGGGACAUAAUAAGCACUCACCAGUUUGACAGAGAGGGUCUUAUGAGGCAAAGGGGUGCAGCAACAUUUACACUCAAAGUUGUCUCAACUGAUUUAGGUUUACCAAAACCACUGAAAGACCAAGCCACUGUCCAGAUUUAUAUAAGAGACAUCAAUGAUAACUCUCCCAAGUUCUCCAAAGAUCUCUACCAGGCCAGUAUUUCAGAGUCAGCAGCAAACAUGACCCAGGUGUUACGGGUCUCAUCUUCUGAUGGGGAUGAGGGAAGCAAUGGUUUGAUGACUUAUUCUGUCAUUAAAGGGAAUGAGGAAAAACGCUUUUCAAUAGAUCAUGUUACAGGGCAAGUAACGCUGGUGGGGAUAUUGGACCAUGAAGCUACAGCCUCCUAUUCUCUCAUCAUCCAAGCUGUGGAUUCUGGGAAAGUCCCUUUAAGUUCUACAUGCUCAUUAAGUAUUGAUGUACUGGAUGAAAAUGAUAACACGCCAUCUUUCCCCAGAGCAGCUCUUUUUGUGGAUGUAUUAGAGAAUAUGAGGGUUGGGGAACUGGUGUCCUCUGUUGCUGCCACAGACUCUGACUCUGGUGAUAAUGCUGACAUUCAUUACAGUAUUACAGGGACCAAUAACCAUGGCACCUUUAGCAUUAGUCCCAACACUGGGAGCAUCUUCCUGGCUAAAAAGCUGGACUUUGAGACACAAGCGCUGUACAAACUAAACAUCACAGCAAAAGAUAAUGGCAGACCCCCUCGCUCAUCUACUAUGUCAGUCAUAAUACAAGUGAGAGAUUUCAAUGAUAACCCACCCAGCUUCCCAGUGGGAGAUAUCUUUAAAUCAAUAAUAGAGAAUGUGCCGCUUGGUACCUCCAUUCUCUCUGUGACUGCCACUGACCCUGAUGCAGACAUUAAUGGACAGCUCAGCUAUGCUAUUAUCCAGCAGAAGCCACGGGGCGGUCACUUUUUAAUUGAUGAGGUACGGGGCACAAUCUACACUAAUGCAGAGAUUGACAGAGAGUUUGCCAACCUUUUUGAGCUGACUGUCAGGGCCAGUGACCAGGCUGUGCCUUUAGAGACUAGGAAAUAUGCCCUGAAGAAUGUCACUAUACUCGUUGGUGAUCUCAAUGACAAUGUCCCAACCUUUAUGUCACAGAAUGCUUUUGCUGCAGAUCCCACCCUUGUGAUCGGAUCUGUGCUGACUACUGUGGCAGCUUUUGAUCCAGAUGAAGGUCCCAAUGGGGAAAUAGAAUAUGAAAUCAUUAAUGGAGACACUGAAAUUUUUAUUGUGGAUCGCUACAGUGGUGACUUAAGGGUGGCCUCUCCCAUGGUACCGUCUCAUCUUUUAUACAAACUUAUAGUGGCUGCCACUGAUUUAGGACCUGAGAGAAAGAGGACUACAACUGAGUUGACUAUUAUUCUUCAGGGAACUGAUGGCCCAGUUUUUACCCAGCCAAAAUAUAUAACUAUUUUAAAAGAGGGUGAACCUGUUGGAACCAAUGUGAUAUCUAUUGAGGCAUCCAGUGGCCGAGGCACAGAGACUACGGUGGAGUACUUCAUUGUUUCUGUGAAAUGUGAAGGAAAAACCGUUGGACGUUUGUUCACCAUUGGGCGCAAUACAGGUGUCAUCCAGACUGCAGCAGUUUUGGAUCGGGAACGUGGAGCACGGCUCUACCUGCUGGAUGUGUAUGCCAUUGAGAGAGAGACCAGUUUUCCCAGAACUCAAAAGGCAGAGGUGGAGAUAACCCUUCAGGAUAUAAAUGACAACCCACCAGUAUUUCCAACAGAUAUACUUGAUCUCACAGUAGAAGAAAACAUCGGCGAUGGAUCUAAAAUAAUGCAGUUGACAGCAACAGACGCUGAUGAGGGUGCUAAUGCACUUGUAACAUACACUAUCAUCAGUGGUGCCGACGAUAGUUUCCGUAUUGAUCCGGAGUCGGGAGAUCUGAUUGCUACCAAACGCUUGGACAGAGAAAGACGCUCCAAGUAUUCCUUGCUGGUCAGGGCAGAUGAUGGUCUUCAGUCCUCAGACAUGAGAAUAAACAUUACAAUAAGUGACGUCAAUGAUCACAUACCUAAAUUUACCAGAGCUGUGUACUCAUUCGAUAUUGGGGAAGACACCAUGCCAGGUUCAAUUGUAGCUGCAAUAUUGGCAAUGGAUGACGAUUCUGGUGUCAAUGGUGAGAUCACGUACAUGGUUAUAGAUGAUGAUGAAGAUGGCAUAUUCUUUUUAAACCCUGUGACUGGAGUGUUUAACGUAACACGUGCGCUAGAUUAUGAAGUACAACAGUAUUACAUCCUCACAGUGUGCGCAGGGGAUGGUGGUGGACAAUCCUCAUGUGUGAGAGUCUUUUUUAAUAUCUUGGAUAUCAACGACAAUCCUCCUGUCUUCAGUAUGAGCUCCUACAGUGUUUCUGUAAUAGAGAAUUUACCCUAUGGAUCAACAAUUCUCAAAUUCAAUGUAACGGAUGUAGAUGAAGGGUUGAACUCUAAGUUGUUUUACAGUAUAUCCUCAGGAGACAGUAUGGGUCAGUUUCAGAUUAACAAAGGUGGAACCCUAAGUAUUAUUCAGACAUUGGACCGAGAAAGCCAAUCCUUCUAUAGUCUGGUGGUUCAAGUUCAUGACAUGGCUCCUUCUCCAGCGUAUAGGUACACCAGCACAGUGGAAGUCUCCAUCAUUUUGUUGGAUGUCAAUGAUAACCCACCUAGCUUCAUCUCUCCAAAACUCACUUAUGUGGAAGAGAAUACACCCACAGACACUAUUGUAUUCCGAGCCAAAGCCACAGACCCAGACAGUGGCCCAAACUGUUAUGUCCAGUAUUCAUUACGGAGCUCGCUGGGGAACAAAUUCAGUAUUGGAAAUAUUGAUGGUGAGGUGCGUCUGACAGGGGAGCUAGAUCGAGAAGAUAUCUCCAACUAUACCUUAACCAUCAUAGCUACUGACAAAGGAGAACCGUCACUUUCUUCUACUAUGGAUGUCACCGUUAUUGUGCUUGAUGUCAAUGACAAUAACCCACACUUUUCACAGAGUCUCUUUAAAGUGGAAAUUAGUGAAAACACCCUAACUGGAACAGAUCUCAUUCAGGCGGUGGCAACAGAUGCAGAUGAUGGCAUGAAUGGUAUGGUUCGUUAUGCUAUUACAGAUGGGAAUCCAAGAAAUGAAUUUAGGAUUGAUUCUGUCACUGGAGUAAUAUCAAUUGCCAAACCUUUGGACCGAGAGAAGAAGUCUUCAUACUCGCUAGUUAUUCAGUCAUCGGACCGUGGAAGCAGCCCACGGACUGACACAGCAACAGUCAGCAUUCUUCUGUCUGAUGUUAAUGACGUAGUUCCUAAAUUUGAAUUAUCCCCCUAUUCAGUUAAUGUUCCUGAAAAUUUGGAGACAUUGCCAAAGGUUGUUCUGCAGGUUGUAGCAAGAGAUGACGAUCAGGGUAUAAACAGCAGGUUGACAUAUGCACUGGCUUCCGGCAAUAAAGAUGAGGCCUUCAAAUUGUCGUCUAAUGGUCAGCUUAGUAUUGUGAAAAGCCUGGAUCGAGAGGUGAAAGACCAAUAUGUAUUACUGAUCACAGCUACUGAUUCAGGGUCUCCACCCCUCACUGGAACAGGCACCAUUACAGUGAACAUUGAUGAUGUCAAUGACAACAAACCUGCGUUUGCUUUAAAUCAGCAUUUUAUAAGUAUCCCAGAAGACGCACCAACUGGCACAGAUGUUCUGCUGGUCAGUUGCUCAGAUCCUGAUGCUGGUGUGAAUGGAGCUGUACGUUACAGUCUGGUUGGUGGAAAUUCUCAGUUUACCAUUAAUCCCUCUACUGGUCAGAUCAUCAGUAGCUCUUUGUUAGACAGGGAGAUGAAGGACCACUAUACAUUGCUCAUUGUGGCUACUGAUGGUGGGUCACCUGGCUUGUCAAGUUCAACAAGUGUGACAGUGAAUAUCCUGGAUAUAAAUGAUAACCCACCAAGAUUCCUACAUCACCCAUAUGUCACUCACAUACCGUCUCCUACAGCGUCCGACUCAUUUGUGUUUGCUGUGACAGUCACGGAUGAAGAUAUUGGUUCCAAUUCAGAGCUUCACUUUUCUUUAAAAGGUCGACAUGCAGAAAAGUUUCACAUUGAUCCUCUGCGAGGUGCUAUAAGUACUCUGGAGUCUUUAGAGGGUGCUUCUGAGCUGACUUUUGCUGUCCAAGUAAAAGAUGGUGGAAUUAGUUCCAGAUCCGACUCUACCACAGUAACUGUGAGAUUUGCUAAUAAAGCUGACUUCCCACAGAUAAGAGCUGAUCAGAAAAUAUUUGUUUAUUCUGAAAAUCAGCAAGUAGGAACCCUUGUGACCACAGUAUUUGGAUCAUCAACAAGAGGGGGAACCUUAUCUUUUUAUAUCGCUAGUGGUAACCUCGGCAAUACGUUCCAUAUUGAUGAACUAAAUGGACAGCUUUACAUCAAGAACCCCUUAGACUUUGAAAUCAUAUCAAAAUUUGUCCUAUGGAUUGAAGCUAGAGAUAUGGGCUUUCCGCCAUUCUCCUCUUACCAGAAGUUAGAGAUAGAUAUUUUAGAUGUCAACGAUAAUGUGCCACAAUUUAGGCAAGACCCAUUUAUUGCAGAAAUAAUGGAAAACCUGUCACCACGCAAAGUACUCACAGUUUAUGCUAGGGACAAGGACAGUGGCUCCAAUGGCCAUUUGGACUAUGCCAUAGUUGAUGGGAAUAAAGAUAACUUGUUUAGUAUAAAUAGAGUCACUGGUGAAAUUAAAAGCACAAGGUUAUUGGAUCGAGAAAAAGUGUCUCAGCAUAUCUUAUCUGUCAAAGCUUCUGACAAAGGAACUCCUUCCCAGAGCUCAAUAGUCAAAGUCAUCAUCAAUGUUUUAGAUGACAAUGAUAACGCACCAAGAUUUUCACAGAUAUUCAGUGCAUCAGUUCCAGAGAAUGCAGCUUUGGGUUAUCUUGUUACACAAGUUACAACUUCCGAUGAAGAUUCUGGAACAAAUGCUGUAAGCAGGUACACAAUUCCAGACACUAGUCUUCCCUUUAAUAUCAAUCCCAGUACUGGUGUGAUUACAGUAAGUAGACCAAUAAACAGAGAAGAUAUUGAUCGCUACAUUGUUCGAGUCUCUGCUCAUGAUUCCGGAUGGACUGUCAGUACGGAUGUGACCAUAUUUGUGACAGAUGUAAACGAUAAUGCACCAAGAUUUAGUAAACCGUCAUAUUAUUUAAACUUUCCAGAAACAACUGAGCCUGGAACUAAGGUUACCCAAGUCUUAGCAUUUGACCCAGAUGAAGAUCUUAAUGGCCAGGUUUAUUAUUUUAUUAAAUCACAAUCUGAAUUUUUGCGGAUUAAUUCUACUACAGGGGAAAUUUUCAAUAAACAGCAUUUGAAAUAUCAGAACCCCAGUGCAUCAGGCAACAUUAAUAUUAACAGACACAGUUUUAUUGUUAGUGCUUCUGACAGAGGUAGUCCACCUCUCAUGAGUGAAACUACCAUAUCAAUUAACAUUGUUGACAGCAAUGACAAUCCUCCCAAAUUUUUACAAAGUAAAUACUUUACGCCUGUGGCCAAAAAUGCAAAAAUUGGCACCAAAUUAAUUAAAGUUACAGCUGUUGAUGAAAAGGAUUUUGGACUUAAUUCUCAAGUGGAAUAUUCUCUGUCAGCCGAGAACACUGGUGGAAAGUUUGACAUAAGCAAAGAAUCUGGCUGGUUUACUGUGGUUUCCUCAUUAAUGAUGGACUUUAAUAAAAAUUUUGUCAUUAAGGUAACAGCAAAAGACAAAGGCAAUCCUCCACUAUCAGACCAGGUAAUGGUUAAUAUUACUGUGACUGAAGAAAAUUACCAUACACCAGAAUUCUCUCAAAGCCACAUAAGCAUAACCGUCCUUGAAAGUUUUACGGUGGGAGCAGUUAUCAGAACCGUUUCAGCAAGGGACCGGGAUACCUCUAUGAAUGGAGUAAUCACGUAUAACAUAACGGCAGGAAAUGAAGCUAGUCUCUUUGCAAUAAACACUUCCACAGGUGCAUUAUCUUUAUCCAGAAACUUUGACUAUGAAGUGUGCCAAAAACAUGACUUAACCAUCAGUGCUGUUGAUGGAGGAUGGGUAGCUAAAACCGGAUACUGUGUUGUAACAGUUCACGUUAAAGAUGUUAAUGACAAUCCUCCUGUUUUUCAAGAACAGGAAUAUUUACCUAGAGUCGUGGAAAAUGCACCGAGCGGCACAACAGUUAUACGCCUGAAUGCAGUGGAUGCAGACUCUGCCCCUAAUGCAGUAAUAGCCUAUUCAAUACAGUCAUCAGAUAGUGACCUUUUUGUUAUUGACCCUAACACGGGUGUAAUAACCACUCAAGGUUUUCUUGAUUAUGAAACAAAACAGUCUUACCAUCUGACUGUGAAAGCUUUUAAUGUUCCUGAUGAAGAACGUUGCAGUUUUGUGCCAGUCACGGUCCAGCUCGAGGGGGCAAAUGAAUAUGUACCUCGAUUUGUGUCAAAAAUGUAUUAUUUUGAAGUUUCGGAGGCUGCCUCUAAAGGAACUGCAGUUGGGGAGGUUUUUGCAAGUGACCGUGAUUUAGGUGUCGACGGGGAGGUGCAUUAUUUAAUCUUUGGCAGUAGCAGGAAAAAAGGUUUCCAGAUUGAUAGGAAGACAGGGAAGCUGUAUGUCUCUGGCCUUCUAGACAGAGAAAAAGAAGAAAGAAUCUCACUGAAAGUUCUAGCUAAAAAUAUCGGCAGCAUCCGCGGGGCUGACAUUGAUGAAGUAAAUGUAAACAUCACUAUACUUGAUGCUAAUGACCCACCCUUCUUCAGUUUAAAAUUGUAUAAUGUGCAGAUCAGUGAAGGUGUUCCUCCAGGUACACAUGUCACAUUUGUAAGUGCCUUUGACUCUGAUUCAGUUCCUAGUUGGAGCAGGUUUUCCUACUUUAUUGGUGCUGGGAAUGAUAAAGGUGCCUUCUCAAUUAAUCCACAAACAGGCCAGGUUACUGUUACCACUGAAUUGGAUAGAGAAACCACACCUGUAUACAACUUUACUGUGUUAGCUAUAGAUUCAGGAACACCAUCUGCAACAGGAAGUGCCACCUUACUAGUAUCCCUAGAAGACAUCAAUGACAAUGGACCAGUCUUAAAUAACACACAAGGAGAAGUAAAGGAGAAUCAUAGAGCAGGGACUCAUGUGAUGACACUACAAUCUACAGACUAUGAUCUUCCUCCAAAUCAAGGUCCAUUUAAAUAUUAUCUCCUUAGUACUGGACCAGCCACCAGUUAUUUCAGUCUUAGCCCUGGAGGAGUGCUCACUACAACCAGAGAAAUUGAUAGGGAACAAAUUAGUGAAUUUUUCCUAUCUGUUGUGACAAGAGAUUCAGGAUUUCCACAAAUGUCAUCUACAGGAACUGUACAUGUUAAAGUUAUUGACCAAAAUGAUAACCCAUCUGAAUCAAGGACAGUUGAAAUUUUUGUUCACUAUUAUGGCAACCACUUUCCUAGUGGUUCUUUAGGCAGUGUGAAACCUCAAGAUCCAGAUGUUUUAGAUAGCUUCCACUGCUCCCUAACAUCAGGAGUUACAAGUCUCUUUAACAUUCCAGCAGACAGUUGUGAACUACACUCUCAGUCAAGAUCUACUGAUGGAACAUUUGACCUGAUGGUUCACAGUAGUGAUGGUCUACACAAUGCAGUCACUAACAACAUCCGAGUUUUCUUUACCGGAUUCAGUAAUGCUACAAUUGAUAACAGUAUACUUCUUCGCAUAAACAUUCCAACUGUUAAGGACUUUUUAACUAAUAAUUAUCUACACUUCUUGCGCAUAACAAGCUCCCAGUUGACUGGGCUAGGAACUGCAGUACAAGUCUAUGGGGUGUUUGAAGAGAAUAACAGGACCUAUGUCAUGACGGCAGUAAAAAGAAGUAAUAAUCAAUAUGUCAACCCAAGUGGAGUAGGUACUUUUUUUGAGAGCAUCAAAGAAGUAUUAUUCCGGCAAAGUGGUGUAUGGAUAGAAUCGGUAGACCAUGAUUCAUGUGUGCACAAUCCUUGCCACAAUGGUGGAAGCUGCAUGAGAAGACUUGCCGUGAGUCCAGCAGUACAAGUUAUGGAGAGUAUUCCUGUAAUUACAGUAGCAAAUGAGCCACUUCAGACUUUCAUAUGCAAAUGUAUGCCUGGAUAUGAGGGGAAUUUAUGUGAGAUGGAUAUUAAUGAAUGUUUGCCACUCCCAUGUCAUAAUGGUGGAUCCUGCCACAACCUUAUCGGAGGAUUUUCCUGCAGUUGCCAAGAUGGCUUUACCGGAAUUGCUUGUGAGAGAGAUAUCAAUGAGUGUAUUUCCAGUCCGUGCAAAAAUGGCGGCAUAUGUCAGAAUUUCCCCGGAGGAUUUAACUGCGUUUGUAAAGCUGGUUCCACAGGCAAGUUAUGUGAAUCUGCUAUUAACUACUGUGAGUGCAAUCCAUGUUUCAAUGGGGGAUCUUGCCAAAGUGGAGUGGACGGGUACUACUGUCAUUGCCCUUUCGGUGUUUUUGGAAAACAUUGUGAAUUAAACAGUUAUGGAUUUGAAGAAUUGUCAUACAUGGAGUUCCCAAGUUUGGACCCUAACAAUAAUUACAUUUAUAUAAAGUUUUCUACCAAUAAAGCCAAUGCCUUGCUACUGUAUAACUACGACAACCAGACAAGUGAUGCAGCUGAGUUUCUGGCUCUGGAAAUAGUGGAGGAGAGGAUAAGGUUCUCCUAUAAUCUUGGCAGCGGAACGUACAAGCUCACAACAUUGAAGAAAGUCUCCGAUGGAUAUUUCCACACAGUGAUUGCACGCAGAGCUGGAAUGGCUGCAUCACUGACAGUUGACACCUGCUCUGAGGAUCGGGAACCAGGGUUUUGCACCGUCAGUACAACAGCCGUUUCCAGUGAUUGGACACUGGAUGUUCAGCCAAACAGAAUAACAGUAGGAGGUAUCAGAUCCCUGGAACCAAUACUACAAAGAAAGAGACAAGUACAAAGCCAUGACUUUGUAGGUUGUAUAAUGGAAUUUGCAGUGAACGGGCGUCCUCUAGAACCCAGCCAAGCUUUGUCAGCACAAGGAAUCCUAGAUCGGUGUCCAAGGUUAGAAGGAGCCUGUACUACAUCCUCUUGCCAAAAUGGUGGAACCUGUGUUGAUAAUUGGUCCUGGCAGCAGUGUACCUGUAAAGAUGGCUUUACUGGAAAGCACUGUGAAAAGUAUAUGACUGCAGACACUGCAUUAUCUCUUGAAAGCAGAGGUUAUUUGGAAUAUGCUCUAAGUCAGACCAAGAAACGGGAAUAUCUUUUAAGACACCGAAGUACAGAUUCAGAAAAUAUAUAUGUUAACCACUUGGAGAUAAAAUUCCGGACAAGAAGUGAAAAUGGUGUUUUACUUCAAAUUCAUGAAAGCAGCAACUACACUAUUGUAAAGGUGAAGAAUGGAAAACUACACUACACAUCUGAUGCAGGUGUUGCAGGAAAAGUGGAGAGAACUAUCCCAGAAAUGUACAUCGCUGAUGGACGUUGGCACACCCUUCUAAUGGAGAAGAAUGGUUCUACUACUGCUAUGUCUGUGGAUAAAACCUACAACCGAGAUAUUCAUCAUGUAACACAAGACUUUGGAGGUCUUAAUGUUCUUACUCUUCAGCUUGGAGGCUUUCCACCUGGGCAGACAACUCAAAGCAACCAAAAUGGUUUUGAUGGAUGUAUUGCCUAUGUGAAGUAUAACCGGGAAAAUCUUCCUUUUAGUGGAAAACACGACAUGGUUCAUAUAACCAAGUCAGAUACAUCUGCGAAACUAGGAUGCAGAGGUCCUAAUAUUUGUGCCAGUAACCCUUGUUGGGGUGACUUGAUGUGCAUUAAUCAGUGGCAUGCAUAUACCUGUGUACCACCUGGCGACUGUUCCUCAAGCCCUUGCCAAAAUGGAGGGAGCUGUGAACCUCACUCCCAAUCUGGAUUUACCUGCAUUUGUCCUGAGACACACACUGGGAAGCUAUGUGAAACUGUUCUAGCGUGUCUUGGUGUUAUAUGUCCCCAAGGGAACAUUUGCAAGAGUGGAUUACAUGGAGGGCACAUAUGUACUCUGAGCACUCAUACAGAGCAUCUAUCUCUUCCACUUUGGGCUGUCCCAGCAAUUGUUGGGAGCUGUGCUACAAUUCUUGCUCUACUGGUACUUAGUUUGAUCUUGUGUAAUCAAUGUAGAGGAAGAAAAAAUAAAGUGCCAAAAGAAGAGAAAAAACCUAAAGAAAAGAAGAAAAAGGGAAGUGAAAAUGUUGCCUUUGAUGAUCCUGACAAUAUCCCACCAUAUGGGGAUGACAUGACUAUCAGAAAACAACCAGAAGGAAACCCUAAACCAGAUAUUAUUGAAAGGGAAAACCCAUAUCUAAUAUAUGAUGAAACAGAUAUACCCCACAGCUCAGAAAUAAUACCCAGUGCCCCUUUGGCCAUGCCAGACACUGAAAUAGAGCACUAUGAUAUUGACAAUGCCAGCAGUAUUGCUCCUUCUGAUGCCGAUAUUAUACAGCACUAUAAGCAGUUCCGGAGCCACACUCCUAAAUUCUCAAUUCAAAGACACAGUCCUCUUGGCUUUGCAAGACAAUCUCCACUUCCUUUGGGAGCAAGCAGUUUAACAUAUCAACCAUCUUACAGCCAAGGGCUUAGAACUGCAACACUUGGCCAUUCUGGUUGUCCUCCACCUAACCCUUUGUCUCGUCAUAGUCCAGCACCAUUUUCAAAGUCAUCAACAUUUUACAGAAGCAGUCCAGCACGGGAACUCCAUCUUUCAUCCUUGGAAAUGCAUAAUGAUGUUUGUCAGCCUGGUAUUUUCAACUAUGCAACCCGACUGGGAAGAAGAAGCAAAAGUCCUCAGACCAUGGCAGGUCAUAGCUCCAGACCAGGAAGUCGGCUUAAGCAACCUAUUGGACAAAUUCCUAUGGAAAGUGGGCCCCCUGUUGGUCUUUCAAUUGAAGAAGUUGAAAGACUUAAUACUCCCAGACCAAGAAAUCCAAGCAUCUGUAGUGCUGACCAUGGUAGAUCUUCUUCUGAGGAAGACUGCCAGAGACCUCUUUCAAGAGUCAGGAAUCCUGCAGAUGGAAUUCCAGCUCCAGAAUCAUCUUCUGAUAGUGAUUCACAUGAAUCGUUUACAUGCUCUGAAAUGGAAUAUGAUAGAGACAAACCAAUGGUGUACACAUCAAGAAUGCCAAAAUUAACUCAAGUUAAUGAGUCAGAUGCAGACGAUGAAGAUAAUUAUGGUGCUAGACUCAAGCCCCGGAGAUAUCCAGGCCGCAGAGCUGAAGUUGGGCCUUCAGGAGCCCAAACAUCAACCGCCACUCUACCAGCUGACAAUACAUUACCCAUGAAGCUAAGCCAGCAAGCUGGUAAUUUCAACUGGGACAAUCUGUUGAACUGGGGUCCAGGUUUUGGGCAUUAUGUAGAUGUUUUUAAAGAUUUGGCAUCACUUCCAGAAAUGACAUCAGCAAAUCUAAACGAGGAAUCAAGAAUGAGUUCACCUAAGACAGUUUCCAGAGAUGGAGAAGCAGAACAAUAUGUUUAGAGGUGACAUAUCUGGAUUGUCAAAACGCAGAAGCUUAUGACAGUCAAACAUUAUAUGUUUGUUUACAACAAAAUGUCUCCAUUUUAAGAACAGGCCAGUGAACGUCCAUAAUUUAAGGAGGCGAUUUUUAAAAUAAUAAUCUUAUUGCUGCUGGAAGAGACAUAUUUAAAACAACUGUGUUCAAUAUUAAAUUUACCUGCAUGCAAUACAAUUCACAGCCUAAUUUCCAGCAUGCACAAUUUUAAGUAGAUGUCCUACUUUAAACUGGUUCAUUGUGAUAACUUUUUGAUGUUAUAGUUUGUACUUUUCAAUUAUGUGUGUAAGGCAGAUGUAGUACAUUCAUUUUGGAAUAAUUGCUCUGAAGAUAUGGGGAUGUCUGAAAGUUGGGUGCAUUUUCUGAAAGAACUACUAGAGUAUCUAGACCUUAACCUCAUAUAUGUUAUAUACAGUAGAUAAAUUCUGCACAAGGGCACAAAAAUAUUGGCAUUGUGGGAAAGAUAAAUGACAAUAAAAGGGACAGUAGCAAGUUCAGCACCUUAGGAUUGUCUUAACAUUGGGUUUUUUAAUUAAGAAAAAGGAAAAUAAACUAUAUUUCCCUGUUGCAUUUCAAAAUUGCAUUUACUACUAUGUCAAAGAUUUAUUUUUGUAAGGACAUUUCCAAACUCACUAAAAAUGGAAAAUAAAUUGGUUCUAGAUUUUACUGAAAUCCUUACAUAGAUAUUUGUACAAUGAAAUAUGAAACGUCACACUUGUGAAACUUUGUACUGUGGAAUAUUUGUUUUUAUAAGUGCUUUUAUCUGACCUAUGUUUUUGAUAUUGAUAUUUUCCAACGCUGUAUAGUUUUCUUACUUUCAGGGAAAGCAAGAAAAUGCUUUUCUGUAAAAUCUGUUACUUGUGUAACAUUCAUAUUUUUAAAAUUUUGAUACAAUUG